AUGCUAUCCACGAACAAGAAAAUGUUUCCGUGCGCGAGCGUUAUUGGUAUCGGUAAACCUACGGAUCAAUCGCACGCGUUCAUCAUCGGGAGACCGUUGCGGGGCGAGAGGUCCUUAUCCCGGCAGCUAGUCACUGUACACGUACCCGACAACAACACUCAGUUCGGUCAGUUUAUAGACAAUUUGCGUCACAACAAUGCGAUCUGCGUGAAGCACCUUUCACGAUGCCCCGUGAGGGCGGGCGAUCUAUUAGUGCAGAGGGCCCGUUUAUUGGGCUUAGCUUCGAUGAGCACGAAACAGAUGGCUGAUAACAAGAUGGCGUGCUUCGCGAAUGUCAGUACAAUUCAGAGGGAAUUGAAGCAACUGGACGAAGAUAUGCGUGUUAAA